GGGCUCCCUCCUCCCUGCUCUGGAUCUCCUUCACCUUGAAGAACAAGAAGAUAUCUGUGAAAGAGGUUGACCAGUACUCCAAACUCCAGAUGAAGGACUCACUCCCGCUCCACUUUACCCUGCCCAACGUUUUGUCUCGUUAUGCCGGUUCUGGAAACCUGACCCUGGUCCUUGACAAGGGACAGUUGCAGCAGGAAGUAAAACUCGUGGUGAUGAGAGUGACUCAGUCUGGGAACAAUUUGACCUGUGAGGUGCUGGGACCCACCUCCCCUGAGCUGACGCUGAGCUUGAAACUCGAAGAGCAGGCUGCCAAGGUCUCAAAGCAGCAGAAGAUGGUAAGGGUGGAGGACGCCGAGGUGGGAACAUGGCAAUGUCUACUGAGUCACAAGGACAAAGUCUUGCUGGCAUCCAAGGCCGAGGUUUUGCCUCCUGUGCUCACCAGGACCUGGACAAAUCUCUUGACCAUCGUGCUGGGCGGGGUCCUAGGCCUUGUGCUUUUCACUGGGCUCUGGGCCUACUGCUGUGUUAAGUGCUGGCACCGCAGGCGCCAGGCAGCUCGGAUGUCUCAGAUCAAGAGACUCCUCAGUGAGAAGAAAACCUGCCAAUGCUCCCACCGGUUACAGAAGACAUGUAAUCCCAUUUGAGGCACAGGACCAGGGAGCUUCCCACUUGCAGUGCAGCCUCGCCAGCUGUCUCCCCUUGCGUUUCCUGCUGGGCUUCUGGGCCUGCGGACCAGAUGAAUGUAGCAGACCCCAACAUUUCCGGCCGUCUCCUGCUCUCUUUGUCCACACUUGGCCAUUGGCUCUCCUCUUGCAGAGGCUUACACCAUUUCCUCCCCAUUUCCUUUGCAUCAAGCCUACCCCUGAUCCAUGAUUUCUUCCCAGCUCCCUCCCCCAUUGCCUCCUGGGCCCAGGGAAUCACAUGCGACCAGCCGUACCUGGCAUGGAGGGCAAGGGUGGGUAUCUGAAGCAUGAAGGAUAGGGCUGCCAUUUUAUUGGACAGGACCUUGGGACCAGAGGGGACAGGCACUAGCCCGAGAUCACACAGGCAGUCAAGGGCACAUCCAGAUCAAAAGCCUCCUGACUGCUAGUGUCCACUGCUCCAUUCUCCCCGCUUCCUCACUCUGUUUUGGCAGGGCACGGACUCACAUCCUGACCUGUGCACAAACAGGCACCGCUGGACACAAACCCAUGUACAUAGCCCACCCUUGUGCACAGACACAAUUCCUUUAUCACCCAAGCAGUACGUCUCAGUUUAUGAGCCAGUCUCACAUCCUUUGUCUGUUUAAACCUUAUGAAACUCUUACGGAGCUAGUACUGACAGGACCAAGAUUAGCAUCUCCAGUUUAUAGACCGGAAAUGGAACUCAGAGAGGUCAGAUGAUUGCCCAAGGUCACACAGCUAGUACGUGCCAGAGUCAGGACUAGCGCAGGUCUCUUAACCCCUAGUUCUGUGGCUGUUUCCUGAACACAGACACAAACACCACGCAAAUCUCUGCAUCUGUUUAGUCACUGAUGCCCAGUACCCACCUUUGGAUUCAUAAAAGCACACCACCCCACUCAGGGUCUGCCUCAGAGAGUUCAGAAACACAGAAGAGGGCCUCCCUGCCUAAAAUCCCUCUCUCUCACCUGCUGGUGGCAGAAUCCUGUUACCAGAGGACAAAAGCUGGCAGUUCUCCUAACCAGAGCACAGGCUGGGAACACAGGCCCUGUGGGAGAGAGUGACCAGUGACCUACCACUCACCCUGUUGCGGAACCUUCUGGAAGCUUGCCCCUUCCAGGGAGGACACCCAGUUCACACCAAGGCUCCCCACUGCUUGCUUCGUAUUCCUGCCUGCUCCCGCCCUGCCUCCCUGAGCUGACAGAAAAAUACAAUAAACUUACUGUAA